UAAUGGAGAUGCUUUUUGUUUUUCUGAUUUGGGUAGAUCGUAUGGGCCGUCUUACACCACUGGUGAUACUGUUGGAUGUUGCUUAAAUUUUCCACACAAGAUCAUAUCAUUUAUCAAAAAUGGCGUGCAUAUUGGGGGAUAUAUAUCCUGCAUUGGGCUAAAAUCGAGGGGCGAUAGUGUGGAAGCAAUUUUUGGUAAUAAAAAGUUUAAAUAUGAAGUGAUGAAUGAUAGCGAUAUUGAUGACGAGUCUUUAAAAGAAAGCUGGAACAAGAUAAUGUUUAAGUACGAUAGUGAAUUACGAAUUGACGG